AUGAUGGCAUUUCUGCACCUCGCGGCCCUCGCCGACGCCAUCAAACGCGCCACAACCAUCAAGACCGCCACCGGCGCCAUCACAUCUGACACCACUCCCACGGCCGCCGAGCCCCUGGCGCCCGGCCCCGGAGACCCUGAGCGCGGGCCGGCCGACACCGGUCGCGGCAGCCCCGACGACCCCUCCUCCCACACCGCCGCCACCGCUGACGCACCCACGGCCCCCAAAGCCGGCUGGUUUGUGCGCGCGGUCGGUGGCUUCAAGGCGAAGUGGCGCGCUGCGACAGUCGUCGUCGCCGCCGCCGUCACCAAGACUGCCCAUGCCUCCAAGGAGCCCGUGCCCUCGCCACGGGCUGCCAGCAUCUCUUCCACCUCCAACCGGAGCAUCGCCGCCAAGGCAGUCUCCGCCGCCCCUGGUGACGACGCCUCUGGCCCCAAGGUUCCCAAAAAGACCAACUGGUUUGCAUCCACACUCGCCGCUGUUAAUGCUGAGUGCGGCGCCGCACGCGACUCUGUGACCGCAUCGUGGCGCGCCACCGCCGCCAAGGCGCCCGCCGUGCUGACCCCCAAGAGCAAGGCCUCGCCGAAGAAGGGCCGCCGCGGCAAGGCUGGUGCCACAACCGCCUGUGUGCCCGCUGCUGCCGCACUCACAGCGUCUGCGGCCGGCCCCGACGCUGCCAGCAGCCCGGUGCCCGCCGCUGGCACUGACGCCGCAGUGCACGUCAGCAUUGUCGCAUCCCUCGCCCCCGAGCCCGCGCCGACGGCCCCCAAGCCUUGUUCGGAGGCCGGCGCUGCCGCCGCGCCCAGCCCCCCUGACCAGGCGGCGGCAUCCGUGGCGGGGGUGGUUGGGGGUGAGGCGGCGGUGGCCUGCUAG